CGUGCUCUCGCUACCGCCGGUCUGAGCCCCUCGACCCCACGGGCACCAUGCACCUCUCCCAGCUGCUGGCCUGCGCCCUGCUGCUCACGCUACUCUCGCUCCGGCCCUCCGAAGCCAAGCCCGGGGCGCCGCCGAAGGUCCCGCGAACUCCGCCGGGGGAGGAGCUGGCCGAGCCCCAGGCUGCGGGCGGCGGUCAGAAAAAGGGCGACAAGACUCCUGGAGGCGGCGGCGCCAACCUCAAGGGCGACCGGUCUCGACUGCUCCGGGACCUGCGCGUGGACACCAAGUCGCGGGGGGCGUGGGCCCGCCUUCUGCACGAGCACCCUAACGCACGCAAGUACAAAGGAGGCAACAAGAAAGGCUUGUCCAAGGGCUGCUUCGGCCUCAAGCUGGACCGGAUCGGUUCCACGAGCGGCCUGGGAUGUUAGUGCGGCGACCCCUGGCGGCGGAUUGGGAACUUGCUCCAUUUUGCUGAGGUCAUCCUUGGUCAUCAGCCUCCCCGCAUCUGGAAGCACUUCCGACGCAAUGUGGCUUUUACGUAUCUUUUUUUUUUUCCUGGUACUGGGAAUACACAACACCAGCUGUCUUAUUAUUAUUUGGGGAGG